AUGGCGCCGCUGGCUUCCUCAAAGAGAACACUUAACCCUCGAACUCCUCGACCGCAACCGAAGGUCCUCAGAACUAGCCAGACUGAAGACCCAGCCGUCAACAGUGAACCACCUCCAAAGAGGCGGAGGUAUGUUCCUGGGGGGCCAGGCGGUGGAGGAAGAUAUGUUGACGUUGAUGGGAAUGAAACGCCUGCGAGAUUAAUAAGGGAAAUGCCUUCUUCGAAUUAUACGACUCCUCGAGUUCGACCUGUGCGCGAGCCUUCCAGCAACAAUGUCGUGAGGCGAACCCAGCCCACCACCCCUCCUGCCUCUAGUCGACCCAGGCGCGAAAAAAAUCAAACGCGAAGGUACAGUUCUGCUGCUGCCGCGGCCCUUGCUGUUGCGCAAGGUGAUGGUUACAAGCCUAGGGAAGAGAGGGGUUGGGAGGAAUUUCAUCCGGACCUUGAUAUCGAUGUAAAAAUCGCCGUUUUCAGCUCCGAUGAAGUCGACGGAAUCAAACCAAGCUCUACGCUCCCAAAUGGCCACUCAGGCAGAGGAACCGAUGAAAGCGGAGAUAGCGCCGUGGAAUUAUUACCAAAUGCCUCUACUCCCGUAAAGCGACGACCAGGGCGUCCACGAUUAAGUGAGACCUACACAAAUGGGAUUGGGACGCCCAACGGACCGAAAAUUGUACCCCCUCCUGGACCUAAUCCCCGCGAGAAACUUACCUUGCCUAAGCCAUCCUUUGUCCUUAAAGACCCGUUUCUUCCCUUCGAACAGAAGGGUGUUGGACAGCAGAAUUAUGUUGACCGCACCAUGGCAAGCGUUGGUUACCAAGAGAGUGAUAUUUUUCUUCGUCAUGAACGGCGAUUAAUUCGUAUGGCCGAAGGUGCGGCCGAGGAAGAUCUGGAUCUAAGCCCAUCGACGCCCGUUGACGGUGAGGCCAACACUACUAUUGGAAAUAUUGGAGUUGGAAGGGUGGAAUAUGAUAUGGAUGAACAAGAUGCCAAAUGGCUGGAGACGUAUAAUGCGCAAAGGAGGGAGGAACAGUUUGAGCCUAUCAAACCUGCUGUUUUUGAGAUUACCAUGACCAAAAUUGAAAAGGAAUGGCAUGCCUUGGAGAAGCGUAUACCGAAACCAAAUCCUAAACCACCACAAACACAACGGCCACGCUCAAGCUCUGCUGCUGCUGUUAACGGCGAACAUGCUGGCCCUGGGGAAGAGCAGGAUAGCAAAUGUGCAAUAUGUGACGAUGGUGAUUGUGAGAAUGCAAAUGCAAUUGUCUUCUGUGAUGGGUGCGACCUCGCGGUUCAUCAGGAAUGUUAUGGCGUCCCUUAUAUCCCCGAAGGCCAGUGGUUGUGUAGAAAGUGUCAACUGAUUGGCCGUGGAUCCCCAUCGUGCAUCUUCUGCCCUAACACCGAGGGAGCCUUCAAGCAAACGAACACCUCGAAGUGGUCACAUCUACUUUGCGCAGUGUGGAUACCUGAAGUCUCCAUUGGGAACCCAUCGUUAAUGGAACCGGUAAAUGAGGUCGAGAAAGUUCCCAGAAAUCGUUGGAAACUUACAUGCUACAUCUGCCGACAAAAAAUGGGAGCGUGCAUUCAAUGCAGCAACAAAAAUUGUUUUGUUGCUUUUCAUGUUACUUGCGCAAGGCGGGCUCGCCUAUAUUUAAAGAUGAAAUUAAUACCGGGAGCUCCGGCAGUCAUGGAAUCGAGCAGCUUAAAAGCAUUUUGCGACAAGCAUGUUCCACCGGACUGGAGAAGAGAACACAAUACCGAUGCUGCCACUGCAGAGGCCUUGGAAUAUUAUCGCAACACGAUGCAAGGCCGAAGGUGGGGCGAUAGUCAGGCUGCGGCUUUGGCUUUGGGCACAGAUUCACAAGACGGGAUUGACCCUGCCGGGGAGGACAAUCGAGCGAUUACACCUCGGAUUACACUUACAGUGGGCGGAAACAAACGCAAGCGCACUCUUCCAAAAACCAUUUGGAAAUUACCUUCCGGAGCGCCAGUUAUUCCUCAAGUCGUGUUGAACAGUGUCAUCGCGUCUCUACAGCGGUUUACGGUGCGACAACGGAAGCAGUAUGCUGAAGACGCCUGCAAGUAUUGGACCCUGAAACGAGAAUCUCGUCGGGGUGCAGCGUUGCUUAAACGGUUGCAGCUCCAACUUGAAACUUUUUCAUCCAUGGAAAUGACAAGACGUAAUUUUGCGGGAAUGGGAGUGGCCGGAACUGUUCGGCUCCAGCGUAGGAUCGCAUUUGCGGAUAAACUCUACUUGGAUCUUGACAGGGUUAGGAUGCUGUGCGACGAAGUGAAGAAGCGGGAGCGAGAAAAGCUCAAAGACGCGGAGAUACUGCGCAGCAUAGUUGAUUUGGUUUAUUUUCCCAUCCCUCCGAUGCUCUGGCCAAUGCUUGAGAAGGCAUUUGCGCUCGACGGGAAAGGUGCGUUCCGUCUCGGGCUACUAUCCAUUCGGUCAAAAUUAGAGCAACGAGCAUAUACCUCGGUUUCAUCAUUUUCUCGUGAUCUUGCCAACGUCUUCACCUCCGAAAUUGGGGUUGAUUCUGUGGGUGAUACAGCUGAAUUGCAAAUGCAGAUCAUGGGACGGGCCCCAGAACUUAGCUUAGAGCAAAGGGAAAAACGAAAACUUGCAAAACGGAUCAUCAAGGCGAUACAGCCAGCUUUGGAAGAUUCUCUGAGGAAGGAAAGCGAGUUGAACGGGAAGCCUUUUGAAAAGGAACUAAGAGAUUUGGAUGCCUUGUUGGAAGAUAGCGUCCUCUCGCAGAGGGGUUCAUUUGUUGCUACGCCCAGGGAGACGACAAAUGACGUUAAGACUACGGAGCGAGAUCCGCUGGUUAACGGGAUAAAGACCAAUGCUGAAGUCGAUCAGGCGGAUGCACAAGAACCCGCCGCAGAACCUACAGAACCUCUGCAUGCUGAGCCUGAGAAGCAGGCUGCGCCUGGGGAUAAAGAUGUUACAAUGGUCGAUGUGAACGGGGCAACGAAAAGUGGUCUCGACAAGGAGGUUUUGGGUUCGAAAACGAAUGGGGUUGUCGUAGCAACUUCUACUAAAUUAUCUCCCGUACCUCAGCCUACAGAUACUUCUUCUUCUCGUGAUAUACAAAUGGUCUCUCCCGCCUCCCCGGCUUCGCCUGUUAAUUCUCUGGCUGGCAAAGAACUACCUCCUUUAUCUCAAGGUGGUAUACAGUGGUAUAUGCAGCCGUUCGAUCCUAUCGGGACUACCGUUCAUGAGGAGAGAUGGACUGGUCGGGAAGUGCUCAGAGGGAUGAGUGAGGAGCUAAGCGAGAUCGGCGAGGACGAGCUUCGGAAUCUUGUCGGGGACGAGGCUCCCGAAUACGUUUCAGAUUUUCCAAUCGCGGGUCCUGAAGUAGGACCUAGCGGCGACGUCGCUAAGGAUACUGCCGCUGCUGGUGCCUUGAAACCGAAAACUCACAAGACCCGAAGGCGAUGGAAAGGUUUUAAAAGAUAA